CCCCACGUGUGACGUCAGUGUGAACCCGAGCGGCGCGCGCGGCGCGUGCGGGCUGCGGCGCGGCGCCGGCGAGGAGCUGAGCGUGUUCGCGGCGCCGCGCGCCCUGCUGCCCACAGACCCCAUACCCUUCUUGGACACGAUGCCCCACACGCACCCCCAAACACACCCCCAAACGCACCCCCAAACACGCCCCCACACGCGCGCAGACAGGCACGCGGAUACGCGCCGGUACAUGAUAAGUGAGUGGCGCGGGAUGCGGCACGAGCCCCCCGCACCCCGCGCACACCCCGCACACCCCGCACCACAGCCCGGCUCCUCCACACAACAUAUUGCAGAAGAAAUAAAUGUGCGACAAACGGAACAAGCAGCGGAGCAAUCUUGUGCCUCUUUCAUACAUUUAACCGAUGAUAGAGACAGUGAUCAACAACCACCAGAAAUAGUGAUAGAAGGGAAAAGAAGAGAGAAGAGUCCGAAGUCUGUUCUGCGAGAAGCAAAACAGAAAUUGAGAAAUAAAGAUAUUAAAAAACAAGAAGCAAACACAUCAAGAGAAAAAAGUCCAAACUCAAUGCUUCGCGAAGCUAAACUGCGGCUUCGGAAGUUGGAGAUAGAAGCAGAAGCGGUGGAGAAGUCUUACUUGGAUUUCAAGAGAAGAAGGAACGAAAUGAGAAGAGAAGAUAAGUUCGUAGAAGAGAGUGUCCCUGUAGUAAAGGAAAGUGGACACUUAUUUUCAGUUGGUCAGCCGAGUACGGUACAAAAACAAAAUGACGCAAAUUGUAAUGAUGUCAAUAUAAAAGUAACCAAAGACUUUUUACACAACGACUUUGAUAAAUAUCUUAAAGAAUACCAAAAUAAAGAAAUAAUGAAACCGCAUUUUGCAAAUAAAACAACAACAGCUGUUAAAAUCAAACCAAUUCCAAUCGCAUAUAAAAUGACUGACGAAAGAGAAAUUAUUCAAAAUGUAGAUUACAUUAAUACACCUUUAAAUGAAUUUAGAAAACUAUAUCAUAAUGAGAAACCAAGACGUGAUAAAAAUGAUUUAAAAUUAAUAAAUAUUUCAAGUAAAAAUAUGUUAGAACAGAAUAUAAAAGAGGAAUCUCCUGAAAAGAACGAAAAUACAGAACGUAUUUUAAAUGUAGAAAAAUCUACAACAGAAGAAAUAAACAAUAUAAAUAUGAACGAAACAAAUGGAUUUUCCAACGAUGACAUACCUUGUAGAGAUGAAAUUAAUAGUCUAAAUAAAGAAAUUAACGAAGAGAUAGAAAAUAAAUCAUUAUUAAAAGUAGAAUUAGAGAAUUUGAUAGAAAAAGCAAGCGUUAAAACGAACGAAGGUGAUCUAAUGGUUGUUAUUGAAACUUCUAUCGCAAGUGAAAUGACAAUAUCUAAUAACAGCGACAGUAUAACACCUGUCAGUGUUGUUGUUACACCUACAAAUGAAUCUGAAAAUUCAAAAAACUCUAAAUCAUCAAUAUCUAUUAAAAGUCCUUUAAAAUUAAAAGAAACGCCAGAGAAAGCAGCUCGAUUGACGAGAAAAGAUGUUUUAAAUGCUAUAUUCGAUUUGGAAGGGAAAGAAUUAUCAGCUGAUAAAGAUGAUUCUAAAGAUGGUUUAGACUCAAUAGUAGCUGACAGCGAAGUUAAAGACGGAGAUGAUUUCUUAGCAGAUGUCGAUAAUUACAACAGCAGAUCUGAUCUUGGAAACUCACCGAUAUCACACGCAAAAACAUCCGACGAUGACAUAUUUUGGGAUUAAAAAAUAAAACAAUUUCAUCCAGUCAUUAUUUAUUUAAAUUUUUAAGUGAAUUAAAAAUAUUUUAA